UUGACUUUUCUCUUCAAACAGAUUGGAAACCUGGAGUUAUCUGCUAGUUGGUGAAAUUGGUUGGUAGAGGUGAUCUGCUCACUGUUACCGGCCUCCCCUGGCUGUUAAAAGCAGAUGGUGGCUGAGGUUGGUUCAAUGCCAGCUGCCUCCUUUGUGAAGAAGCCAUUUGGUCUCCGAAGCAAGAUGGGCAAGUGGUGCUGCCACUCCUUCCCCUGCUGCAGGGGGAGCGGCAAGAGCAACGUGAGCACUUCUGGAGACCACGACGACUCCUCUAUGAAGACACUCAGAAGCAAGAUGGGCAAGUGGUGCCACCACUGCUUCCCCUGCUGCAGGGGGAGCGGCAAGAGCAACGUGAGCACUUCUGGAGACCAGGACGACUCUGCUGUGAAGACGCUCAGGAGCAAGAUGGGCAAGUGGUGCCGCCAGUGCUUCCCCUGCUGCAGGGGGAGCGGCAAGAGCAACGUGGGCACUUGGGGAGACUACGAUGACAGCGCCUUCAUGGAGCCGAGGUACCACAUCCGUCGAGAAGAUCUGGACAAGCUCCACAGAGCUGCCUGGUGGGGUAAAGUCCCCAGAAAGGAUCUGAUCGUCAUGCUCAGGGACACUGACGUGAACAAGAAGGACAAGCAAAAGAGGACUGCUGUACAUCUGGCCUCUGCCAAUGGGAAUUCAGAAGUAGUAAAGCUCCUGCUGGACAGACGAUGUCAACUUAAUAUCCUUGACAACAAAAAGAGGACAGCUCUGACAAAGGCCGUACAAUGCCAGGAAGAUAAAUGUGCCUUAAUGUUGCUGGAACAUGGCACUGAUCCAAAUAUUCCAGAUGAGUAUGGAAAUACCGCUCUACACUACGCUAUCUACAAUGAAGAUAAAUUAAUGGCCAAAGCACUACUCUUAUACGGUGCUGAUAUUGAAUCAAAAAACAAGCAUGGCCUCACACCGCUGUUACUUGGUGUACAUGAACAAAAACAGCAAGUGGUGAAAUUUUUAAUCAAGAAAAAUGCUAAUUUAAAUGCACUUGAUAGAUAUGGAAGAAUUUGCCAGUUACUUUCUGACUACAAAGAAAAACAGAUGCUGAAAGUCUUUUCUGAAAACAGCAACCCAGAAAACCUGACUAACGGUGCCACUGCUGGCAAUGGUGAUGAUGGAUUAAUUCCUCAAAGGAAGAGCAGAACACCUGAAAAUCAGCAAUUUCCUGACACUGAAAGUGAAGAGUAUCACAGAUAUCCAGAAAUGAGCAUGCUGGGUAAAAUGCUUUCUCUUAGUUAUAAGAAAGAAAAAGACCUCUUGCAUGAAAAUAGUACGUUGCAGGAAGAAAUUGCCACGCUAAGACUGGAACUAGACAUAAUGAAACAUCAGAGCCAGCUAAGAGAAAAGAAAUAUUUGGAGGAAAUUGAAAGUGUGAAAAAAAAGAAUGAUAGUCUUUUAAAAUCUCUACAAUUGAAUGAGCUCACCAUGGAUGAUGACACCGCCGUACUCGUCAUUGACAAUGGCUCUGGCAUGUGCAAGGCUGGCAUUGCGGGCGACGAUGCCCCCCGGGCUGUCUUCCUUUCCAUCGUGGGGCACCCCAAGCACCAGGGCAUGAUGGGGGGCAUGCAUCAGAAGGAGUCCUAUGUGGGCAAUGAGGCCCAGAGCAAGAGAGGCAUCCUGACCCUGAAGUACUCCGUGGAGCACGGCAUCAUCACCAACUGGGACGACAUGGAGAAGAUCACCUUCUACAAUGAGCUGCGUGUGGCUCCCGAGGAGCACCCCAUCCUGCUGACCGGCACCCUGAACCCCAAGGCCAACCACGAGAAGAUGACCCAGAUCAUGUCUGAGACCUUCAACACCCCAGCCAUGUACAUGGCCAUACAGGCCGUGCUGUCCCUGUACACCUCUGGCCGUACUACUGGCAUCGUGAUGGACUCUGGUGAUGGGGCCACCCACACUGUGCCCAUCUAUGAGGGGAAUGCCCUCCCCCACGCCACCCUGCACCUAGACCUGGCUGGCCGGGAACUGACUGACUACCUCAUGAAGAUCCUCACCGAGCGUGGCUAUAGGUUCACCAUCACGGCCGAGUGGGAGAUCGUGCGUGACAUCAAAGAGAAGCUGUGCUAUGUUGCCCUGAACUUCGAGCAGGAGAUGGCCAUGGCGGCCUCCAGCUCCUCCCUACAGAAGAGCUACGAGCUGCCCGAUGGCCAGGUCAUCACCAUAGGCAACAAGCGGUUCCGCUGCCCCGAGGUGCUCUUCCAGCCUUGCUUCCUGGGCAUGGAAUCCUGUGGCAUCCACGAAACUACCUUCAACUCUAUCAUGAAGUCUGAUGUGGACAUCCGCAAAGACCUGUACACCAACACAGUGCUGUCUGGUGGCACCACCAUGUACCCUGGCAUCACCCACAGGAUGCAGAAGGAGAUAGCUGCCCUGGCAACUAGCACGAUGAAGAUGAAGAUCGUUGCUCCUCCCAAGCGCAAGUACUCCGUGUGGGUCGGUGGCUCCAUCCUGGCCUCGCUGUCCACCUUUCAACAGAUGUGGAUCAGCAAGCAGGAGUAUGAUGAGUCAGGCCCCUCCAUUGUCCACCGCAAAUGCUUCUAGGUGGACUCUGACUUAGUUGCGUUACACCCUUUCUUGACAAAACCAAACUUCUCAGAAAACAACAUGAGAUUGGCAUGGCUUUAAUUGUUUUCUUAUUUCAUUUUUUGUUUUGUUUUUUAUUGGCUUGACUCAGGAUUUAAAAACUGGAAUGGUAAAGGCAAGAGCAGUUGGUUGGAGUGAGCUUCCCCCAAAGUUCUACAAUGUGGCCGAGGAUUUUGAUUGCACAUUGUUCUUCUUUUCAAUAGUCAUUCCAAAUAUUGUGAGAUGUAUUGUUUCAGGAAGCCCCUUACCCUUCUAAAAGCCACCCCACUUCUCUCUAAGGAGAAUGGCCCAGUCCUUUCCCGAGUUCACACAGGGGAGGUGAUAGCAUUGCUUUCAUGCAAAUUACGUAAUGCAAAAUUUUUUGAAUCUUUGCCUUAAUACUUUUUAAUUUUGUUUUAUUUUGAAUGAUCAGCCUUCGUGGCCCCCCUUUUUUGUACCCCAACUUGGGGUGUAUGAAGGCUUUUGGUCUCCCUGAGAGUGGCUGGAGGCAGCCAGGGCUUACCUGUAUUCUGACUUAAGGAGAGUUGGAUAAAAGUGCACACCUUAAAAAAAAUUCAAUGAGGAAGCAUUAACAAAAACAGUAUUUCAGUACAGUGGACAGCUUAGCAUGUUGACAACUGAGAAUAAAAUGCUCAUUUCCGAACUGGACAAUGUAAGACACAACAACGAAACACUGGAAAUGGAAAUUCAAUUACGUCAUUGUAGACUGGCUACUGCUCUACAUGAUUGUGACCAAAGUCAGAGAGCUGAAAGAGACUUCUUUCCAGAGAACAAGACAUGAGCAGAUUCAUUUACAGAAGACAAUGAAUUCUCAUUUAUCUAACCUAAAAGAUUACGGAUUCUUUCUCAACAAGUCUAAUGUAGACAGUAAAAUCAACAGGCCAAAAGUUAAGCUCCAUGAAACAAGAUAAAACUCUGAGAGAAAAGAUGGGGCAGGCCGCCAUCUUUCCCGUUCAGGCAACUUAGUCAUUCCAGCCUGCAGGCUUUGGAGAGUACAAACCGACCAGGGAAAGAAGAGAUCCCACAGCACAGCAUAGCUGAUUUACCAAAUCAUGGCCAGACUGCUUCUGUAAGCAGGCCCUUGAUCCUGUUCCAUCUCACUGGACAGGACCUCCCAACUGGGGCCUCCAGCCAUCCCCACCAGCAUUCCUUGGCCAAUGGAAAUGUGAAAUGUUCCUGGGACAGAGCUCCCGGAGAGAGGGGCAGGCCACCACCUUUGCUGUUUGGGUGACUAGCCAUUCUGGCCUGCAGGCUUUGGAGAGCCCAAGCUGACAAGCAGUAGAAGAGGUACCUCAGCACAGCACAGCCACGCUAUGAAAACAUGGCCAGACUCUUGUUUAAGUCAGUCCCUGACCACAUUUCUAGUCAGCGGGUGAAGUCUUUCAACCAGGGUCUCUGGCUACCUUGACUGCUGUUCUCUGGCCGACAGAGGUCUCAGGCCUCCCUGAGUCAGAGCUCCCAGGGGGAGGACCUUAUGGUCAUCUUUGCUGUUUGGGCGACCCAGCCAUUUCAGCCUUAGGGCUUCAGAGUGUCUGAGGCGGCCAGGGGCUGACAUGAACCCCCAGCACAGCACAGCUGCUCUAUAAAAACGUGGCCAGACUUUUUCUUUAAGCAAGUCCCUGUUCUUGUUCCUCCUGACUAGGUAAGACUUCUCAACUUGCCUCCCGCCACAUCUUAUAGGUUUGUUCAGAUUGGCAACAGGUUCAUACCUCAGUGGUACAGAGCUGCCAGAGGAAGGGGCAGGCUAUCAUCUUCCCUGGAAAAUACGAGGCAAUUAGGGACUUGAGGGGACCCCCAGCAUACUACAACAGCCCUUCAGAAAAGUGGUCGGACUCUGUACUUGAUGGGCAGGUACUCCUGGGCUGGGUCUCUAGCCAGCCCACCACUGGAGCUAUCAAGCCAGUAGCAACUCGGCAGUUCUUUGGACAGAGCUUCCAGGAGCAAAUGAAAUCCUUUCUGCCACUGCCUUUGCAGUGAACUGCCCUUGCUACCCUAGAAGAUAUAUCAAGGGAGCAAAGACCCUAAGUGCCAUAUCAACACCUUCAAUAAGCUGCAGUUGACCCAAAGAACAAGCCAAUUCAUCUCACAUGGGUACCACACACCCUCCACUACUCAUCACCAGAUAGGGAACCCUGGCUUGGGCCCACAGCACAGACCCUCCAUCCUGGGCUGAUUAUACUAAGUGAUUGCUAACUCACAUGUCUCUGGGAUGAAGCACCCAGGAGAUAAGCAAAGUGGUGGCACAGCAAGUCAGGUGAUGUGGAGCCCAGAAGGCAGGGACAGCUAUCUCUCUAGGGUCCACUUGCCCUUGUGAGGCACUGUAUCCCAGCACUUUAGGAAUGCUGAGGUCAGACCAGCCACAUCUCAUGUGCAAGAUUGCCCAGCAGACAUCAGGUCCAAGAGUUCCCCUUUUAAAAAAGGGGACUUGCUUAAAAAAGAAGUCUAGCCACGUUUGUGUAGAGCAGCUGUGCUGUGCUGGGGGAUCACUUUUGAGAGAGUUCUCCUCUGAAACCUGAUCUCUAGAGGCUGGGCAGUCUUGCACUUGAGAUGGGGCUGGUCUGAUCUCAGCACUCCUUAGUCCGCUUGCCUAUCCCAGGGCCCCAGCCUGGCCACACCUGCUUACAGGGCACUCUCGGAUGCCCACACCAUAGUUUCUGUGCUAGUGGACCGUACCAUAUCAGUGGAGAGCUGCAGCAAGGUGGCCCCUACAGCCACACACCAGCCUGCACAUUACCUCUCCAUACUGCAGCCCUUUAUAUGGAAACUUCCUACAUCACUUUGCUGUGUGUGUUUAUACAGGUGGAUUUUGCUUUACUUGUCCUGACAGCACACAGAAGUGCAGCACACACCCAACCCACAUCAACUGCCAUUAAAGAAAAGAAAUUUCAGCCCAGAAUUUCAUGUCCAGCAAAAUUAGGCAUCAUAAGUGAAGGAGAAAUAAGAUCCUUUUCAGACAAGCAAAUGCUGAGGGAAUUCAGUAUCACCAGAUCUACCUUACAAGAGCUCCUGAAGGAAGCACUAAAUAUGGAAAGAAAAGACCAUCACCAGCCACUACAAAAACACACUGAAGUACACAGUCCAGUGAUGCUAAAAACCAACCACAUACAUAAGUCUGCAAAAUAACCAGCUGACAGCAUGACGACAGGAUCAUAUCCACACAUACCAUUACUAACCUUAAAUGUAAAUGGGCUAAAUGCUCCCAUUGAAAGACACAGGGGGCAAGCUGGAUAAAGAACCAAGACCCACUGGAGUAUGCCGUCUUCAAGCAACCCAUCUCACAUGCAGUGCCAUACGUAGGCUCAAAAUAAAGAAAUGGAGAAAAAUAUUUCAAGCAAAUGGAAAACAGAAAAAAGCAGGUGUUGCACUCCUAGUUUCUGACAAAACAGACUAUACCAAUAAAGAUAAAAAAAGAGAAGGACAUUACAAAGGUGGUCCUGACCUUUGAUAAAUCUCAUUAUUUCUUGAUACCAACCUGGGAUGUUUUAAUUGACCAAACCAGUAGGAUAGUUUGCUGAGGUUGUGGAGCUUCUCCCCUGCAGAGAGUCCCUGAUCUCCCGAAAUUUGGUUGAGAUCUAAGGUUGAUUUGGCUGUACAACUCCUUUUCAGAAGUUUUACUCAUUUCCAACAAGGAAGGCAAGUUUUCCUGCUUCCAUGAUGAUGGAGAGCAGGCACCUCCUUUCCUGAGUUUCAGCUUGCUUCUGACAGGGAAGGUGAGUGUAAGUUUUUUCCAGCUUCUAAGAUGGCAGACAACAAUCACCAGCCUGAGCCUUAUUUCCAGGUAAGUAGCUGAAUUAGAGUUUUGUCUUAAAAUUUUUCCUUAAUGCUUAAAAUUUAAGAUUACCCACCAGCUGCUUUUAAUUUCUCCUUACCAUUAGAACACUCAGUAAUCAUAUGAAUUGUGCAUUUGUUUUGUUUUGCUUAACUCUUUUUGUUUGUUUAUGUUUGGGGCUUUAUUGUUGUUGUUUCACUUUUCUCCCAUCUCUUCCUGACUUGGUCAAAUCCAAAGGAAUGUUCCAAAUUGUGGGGAGCAAGGCAUCUGAAAUGGCUAAAACUCCUGUGGCUGCAAAAAAAACAAAAAACAAAAAACAAAAAAAAAACCCCAACAACAACAACAAAAAACCCCAAAAAACAAAUAAACAAAAAAUCCAGUUGGAAAUUUUUUAAAACUUUUUUUUUUAUAUAAGUGGUCUCAUCUACAUAACAAGGCCAUCUUUUGCUAGCAAAGGCCAAACUGAAGGAGUAAUGGUGGCGACCCAAUGUGAAGAUUCUGCCCUGUUCACUACAGAAACCUGAGUUUGGUUCCUAAGUCUAGUUCUUUCUGUUUGAUAUUUGUGUUACUUUUAAAAUAUCAGCAGUUUGUUCCAGCUAUGAUGUGGUAGUAAGAGACUCAAAACGAUUUUCUUUACAAGUUCUAUGAUUAAAAGCUUAAUUAAAAGAAAA